AUGGAUUAUAAUCCAGAUGAUCACGACGGUAUGACUAUGCCAGCCCGACCUCCGAAUCCGCCCUUUCAAUUCCCAGCCCGAGCAUCUUUUGAUGCAACAAGCGAUAAUGUUCCUCCACCCCUUCCGCGUUUCUCCUUCAACCCGGGCAAUCUACAUGCUCCCACGCCGUCAACAUCCACACUCACAGCUCCUCGGCCUAUGGGCCACCGACGGCGCCCCAGUGAACUGAUCGGGGGAGAAGGUCCUCCAAGCCCUCGAAUGUUGGGUACGAGUCCUGGAGCUAACGAUGGAGAGAGUGCCAAUCCUACACAGCCAGCUAUGGGCGCAAUACCUCGUGGCCCUGGCCGACGGGGACACGCUCACCGGCGCUCUCAGGCCAUGUCGAGCAUGGACCUGACCGCACUCACACUAUCGGGCCCUCCGACAUUGAUUGUUGGAAGUGCGCCUACAUCUCCUGCCGAUAACAAACACGAAUUCCAGAACCACAUUCGCCCAAUGUCCCGUUCAGCCAUCGAUUUGAUCCCACACCCUAGCCCCCCUGCGUCGCCGGCUAAACAAUCGAGCCAUCUACGCUCAGAUGUCCCUAUUGCUGAGCCCAGACCUCGUCCAGUAUCGAUGAUUUCCACAGACACAUCUAGCAGUCUAUCUACCGUUCGACCAAAUCAUUCCCGGGUAAGUAGCGCAGUGCCCGGUAACAGGGUUGACGAUUCUUCUACAGAGGCUGUCAAGGCUCGUCCAAAGACUGCUGAUGCAACAUUACUCGUUUCGAAGCUGCACAAACCAUCAGAACCUCUUCCGGAUACGGAAUUUUUACGGAGAACUUCACUGGGUAUGGGCCCGCUGGGUUUACGUCAAUCAUCUCAAACUGAAGAUGUCUCGGAGACAGAAUCUAUCAAGGAAAAGAAACCCACGAAGAAGGACAAAAAGAAGAAGGGGAAGAAGAACAAGAAGAGAAAAGAGGGGGAAACAGCCGGCUGUGAAGACGGAAAGAAACGGAGUAGUACUGAACAAGAACUUGGUCAUACACAGGAACCCGCCGCAGAGAAAUGGGAUUCAGCAUCAAGUUUCAAUUCACGGUCCGGCGCUGAAGAUGGUCACCCUAAAAUAUUGGAUGUCUCUCACAGCAGAAAGCAGAAGAAAGUGCGAACCUGGGCUGGCGCGAUCUUCCCUUUGAAGAACAAGCGGACACAUGCCAAGAGACCAUUAUCUAGACGGAGUCCGACGCCGCCUCCUAUUCUCACACGAACUAACUCCGACAUGGGCUCGAUAGAGGUCAAUUUCGACGAAGACAACACUGUCAUCAUCAGGACGCCUACCAACACUAUCACACCAAACCAGUCUUCUCAAAACACAACGGAAACAAAUGACACUACGUUUGAGGCCUCGUGGAAGCCCCGCAGUUUCUAUGAGCAGGGCGCCGAAAAUGAUACAUUCAGCCCUGUCAUUGACCUCGAUGCAGCGCUGGGCCCCUUCAAUACCCCCGAAAUGAGUGCUGGCCGCGUCGCUGGUAGUGCUUUCUCGCAAGCAACUAAGCGCAUGUAUAGCGGUGGCCGACGCGGUGAAUUCAUUGGACCUGAGAUGCGCUAUCAUCGACGGGCUGAAAGUGCCCCGGAAAUGCCUCCCUUUGAUCGCAGUGUGCUCGGCAUUUUCCCUCGUCUCGACACCGCCAUGGCUAACGCUGAUGUAUUCUAUGAGGAGGAAGAGGAUGCGUUUCUAGCUGAGAAUGAUUCCCAUCCAGAGGGAAAUAAUCUUGUGGCAGAUAGCGUGGAUGCCGAGAUUUCCAGCGUCAUUGAGGAAGAGAGUGAGGAUGAGCUAGCCCCUUCUAGUAGUGAGACUUUGCAAGCCAUUGUUUCGCAACGUACCCCCACGAUGGGACUUCCCCGUGAUGAUGGACUCGGUAUUCAGGUGGCUGAAGAAACUGCUUCCGUUGACGACGGUCCCGGGGACUCUGUAUUUGAGGAUGACGGGGACUGUGAUGACGGCAACAACAACAACAACAACAGCGAGAACAAUGCAUCGUUGCACCCACAAGUACACAACAAAAAGUCCGUGGAAAUUGUAGAGGUUGAUCAGUGGACACACUCUCGCGCAACACACCAUUCCAAUAGUCCUGAUGUAUCUCCUCACAUGAUAGCCGUUGACAAACGGCCUUGUUCGUCACCACUUGAUCUAAAUUCCGGUCUUUCACAACUGACACUUCCCUCUCGACAUGCUUCGAGCUCUGCAUUUCCAUCGCCCGACCCCUCAAAUAUGUCCUUUGAAGGGCCAAGGUCCGCAACAGCUUCAUCAAUGACUGACAACACCACAUUCAACCACUCUUUACACGACCAAAGACAUAGCUCAUUCGAAGAUGUCCCAUCAUUGAGCAGCAGUGCAUCUACGCGGACGAAUUUUAGAGGGCGAUUCUCGUCUAGCUUUUAUCCUCGUUCGUCGGGUGAAAGGCUCGAAUCCUUCUCGAAUCCAAUGCCGCCUCGAACUAGCCAGUCGAACUCGGCAAAGCGAGCCAGCCUGGUUAGUCUGUCCAGACUAGUCGGGGGUUCAUAUGGCGAGAGGAGCAAAUUGAGCCACGAAGAGAAGCCACCCGCAGAUGAGAUCGAAAAGACUCGCCGACGAAGUCAUCGGGUCAGCCGGUUGAUGUUCUGGAAGUCGAAAGACAAGCAGAACAACAGUUGA